CUCCAAUUAGGCGAAACGACGACGGCCGAUGUUUAGAUAGCGAGCAAGGGAAGGAACGAAGAAAGAACGACAAAGAAUCCUCUCGUCGAUGAUGAAUCGAUUUGUCGGAUUGUCGUGAACUAAGAAAUACACCCAGUGCAUACAUGAUGGUGAUAGAUUGACAUGAUUGACAAUCUUGCACAGGAGUAACUUUUUUAUCCGAGAUAUCGAUCCAACCAUGUUUCAUUCUUCCUCGUACUCGGACUUGAUGACUUCGAAGAGAUCGACGAAGUCGUGCCAGAGGGUUCGGAGGUUGACUCGAGUCCUAUCCCUGGAUGUCGAACGCUUUCUAGAGUUCUCGAUGAAUUCAAAAUUUAUUGUCAAAGUAGCGAUCAGGAUCAGAAACAUGUAAAGGAUGAAGGAGUAAUAUACAACAGCUAAAAAUACCUGGUACGGCAAUUACACAUUUAGUACUAGAAAAAAGCAUCAAGAACAUGUCAUCUCCCGUCGUUUCUUUCUUUGCAGAGAACCUGCACGGGCUUCUUCCUACAACAAGGUCGAGUGCAAGAUCAGGAUAUCUUAGAUUCGGAAAAAGCAGUUUUGUAGUAUCGGUGGCAGAUGGAGACGGGAAUGAAGAGGACUCUGGGAACGGGGGUUCGGCUCCCUCAGCUAAGGUUGAUGAUCGUGAUUGAGGCUCAAGUAAAGACAGUAUCUAUCUCUUUAAUACGGUGUAAUAAGGCAGCUGCUAGUAGCACCCUUGAAAAUAAUGUCUAUCUCAUUCACACCAUUAUUUUCAUCUGCAUCAUCUGAAGAUAAGAUUAGGAACUUCGAAGGAUCUCAAACCCCGAAGCUAGUUAGCACCACUGAAAAUAUUUACUUGACGGCUGUUCUAACUCCCACGUAGAGCAGUUACAUUCCAGUGGCACAGCACAAGCAGACUUCGCGGCACCUGAGCACCUCGAUGCAGUCGACUACGACUACUCAUCCAUAUCGACGGGAAGCCACGAGCUCUUGCAGAAUUUAAGGAAGAGUUGUUGUGGAGUUGGCUGACGUAGUACAAAGUCGAGUUGGCUGAUGUAGUAAUAGAAGUAGUCGUUGCAGAUGCAGUACAACACGAACAACAACAGAUGUUUCUAACUCGUCGUAAUUGCAUACUAUCUACUUGUCUAUGAAUACUGUCUUUAGAAUUUCACUUUUACAACUUUUAAUAAUUUAGGAACAACUUCAACUACCCCCGCAUAUGUCCAAGGCCAACUCUAAGAUUUGAUAAUGUCCUAGGACCCGCACAAGGAUCUGGCACAUUCGCUGACGCAUCUACACGCGUAAGUCGACUGCCAAGGUUACGCCAACAGGCUGCAGCGUCGGAGAAGAUCUUGAGAGAAGGCGCGGUGGAACUUCAAGAUCUUGUGAAAGAUUCUCUGAGACAGGAGAAAAUUAAGGCUCCCAUUAAUCCAUUUCUAUUCGAGUAUAAAUUCUUUUCAGGGGAACAUCUUAGGCAGAACGCCGAGUAGAUUAACGUCGUCCUCUUGUUUUCAGGGAAAAGGAAAACUAGGAGGAUCCCCGACAUCGGGGAAGGUGAGUUUAUUUAUCACGGAGUAAGAUAUUAACUAGGAGAAUAUUGAUACAACUCCAUAGGGAUGAAUUGAAAAUACGAACAGCUCUAAGAAAAUCAUCAGAAGCUCUUUAGACGCAGCUGGAGCCUAUGCACGUGGGGCCAGGAUGAGUGCGAGAAAGCGAGAUGCCUUGAUGCAGUUCGAAAAGCGGCUACGAGCUGCAGAACUAUCUGAAGAAAAAGAAUUGCCACUGGAGACGCAAAAUUCACUCCGAUUAUGGUGAAGGUGAUCGAGGAUUUAACCUGUGUUUCUAUCUCAUACCUUGAACAUUCCAGAGCUUGUCGUCAUCUUCUCUCUUCAGAAAUGUCGGUACUUCUUGUGUGUGAGUAGAAAUUACACUAGAAUUUACAACUACUGCGCAUUUCGUUUUCUUUCACAAUAUGCUCUCAAAGAUGCACAUGAUUCCGUCAUGAAAAGAGAACAAGUCUCAGUAGAAUUUACAAGUACUAAUACAUUUUCUUUCAGCAAAGAUCUCAGGUCUAUAUUUUUUUUCAUAUCUCUAAUCUUGAAUGCACUCGAAGUGCUGCGAGCAGUCCCGGAUCCAGAGCCACCACCUUCGGAGCAUAAUAUCCAUUCCCGUACGGCAGAUAUCGAGGCUUUCUGGGAAUGAGGUGGGUAGGAAGAUGGAAGCGAAUGCUGCUUGAAGAAAGACUUCCUACAAAUCAAGAGUCUGGAAGUGUAGUAGAACAAGUAGUGAUUGCAUUUGCUAGUAGAACUAGUAGUCUUUUUUAGAGGUAGCUGCUAGGUAGUUAGUACUAUCAGAUAGUAUCUAACAUAGGUAGUACUUACCGACAACAUGAGAAUUUAACGGCGAUGGUUGAUGCUUGUGUUUUAGUCAAAAU